AGUGGGCUGACCUUACGCUUUGCCCAUUUACACCUUGGCGUCCAAGAAAAGGCAAACAAAGUUGUAUAUUUUCUAAACGCUGUAAAAUAGCUAAAAAUGUCAUUCAAAGGCUCCAAAGUGCAAAAGGUGAUGGUUCAACCCAUCAACCUUAUUUUCCGAUACCUACAGAAUCGAUCUCGAGUGCAAGUGUGGCUGUACGAAAACACGCAUCUGCGAAUAGAAGGACACAUUGUUGGUUUCGACGAGUAUAUGAAUCUGGUGCUAGACGAGGCGGAAGAGUUUAAUAUUAAAAAACAAACCCGACGCCAGCUUGGGCGUAUCAUGCUGAAAGGAGACAAUAUAACACUCAUCCAGAACGUGCAGAAUUAGCCGGUGUUGCGUACAAUUGAGUUGUGUUUCGCAGUACCUUAAAUUACAUUAAAUUUAAGAAAUUAGAUGCGCGAAGAUGGUCUGCUGAUACUAAGUGUUUCGGAUAAGCAACCCCAGCAGCCAACCGGGUGAAAGACUAAUAAAGUGUUUGUAGAUGUGAGUUUGCAUCUACGAAAUUAAA